AUGAGCAAAACCGAGACGACCCUUCAGAACCAAGCUGCCUCUAUUCGAAACUUGGAGGUUCAGAUGGGCCAGCUAGCUAAUGUAUUGAUAGAAAGAGUAAAUGGGGCUUUGCCAAGCCAAACAGAGAUUAAUUCAAAAAACCAAGAACAUGCGAAGGCGAUAACUCUUCUGAAUGGGAGGCCAAUAAAAACAGCAGUAGACUUGGAUGAAGAAAAGAAUAUCCAGCAACAAACUGCAGAGACAACAGAAAUUACUAACGUGCCGUCGUCGUCGUCUAUCACUGCUGGAACUGCUGCACAACUUGAUGAAAUUUCUCCAGAAAUUGAACAUGCUAUUGUAGAGAAAUUAUCUCAACCUGCUGCCCUUGUAAAGCCAUAUGUACCGCCAAUUCCAUUCCCUCAACGUCUUAGAAAAAACAAAGUGGAUGCCCAAUUUUCGAAAUUUCUUGAUAUCUUCAAGAAAUUACAAAUAAAUAUUCCUUUUGCCGAUGCUUUGGAGCAAAUGCCGAGUUAUGCCAAAUUCAUGAAGGAUAUUAUAUCAAAGAAGAGGAAAUUGGGCGAACAUGAGAUAGUGAAAUUAUCCGAAGAAUGCAGUGCUAUUUUGCAGAGGAAGCUACCACCUAAGCUAAAGGAUCUAGGGAGUUUUACUAUACCUUGCACUAUUGGAACCAUUUACUUUGAAAAAGCUUUAUGUGAUUUAGGAUCCAGUAUUAAUCUAAUGCCUUCUUCUGUUGCUAAACAUAUUGGGUUGGGGGUAAUUAACCCAACCACUGUUUCUUUGCAGAUGGUGGACAUGUCCAUAACAUAUCCCAGAGGCAUAAUUGAGGAUGUGUUAGUCAAAGUUGAUAAGCUCAUUUUUCCAGCAGAUUUUUGA